GAGAGGGAGAGUCGGCAAAGCAUUUGAGAAACCAGCUGAUCAGAGCUGAGGUAUUCUGCCACGGAGGGACGUGUCAGCGUGACUGGAAAUUACUAACAGACGAAGACGGAAAAGCAGGGUUAAAAAUAAAAGGGAGAGAGAUGUCUCCUUCUCUUCAUGUGAAUCUGGGAACUCAUGGAGAGAUGUGAGAGCAGUGGAAAUCUGAGGAAGAGAGUGAAAGGUGUACUGGAAGCCAAGCCCUGGUUACUGGUGAGUCAGCUGGAGGCUGGGGAACUUCGUCGAAUAAGGAGCGAUGUCUUGGCUGUCUCCGGUGUCAUGGGCCAAAUGGACGUGGACGGCGGUGCGAGGGGGAGAGGAGGAUGGAGAAGAAGGGCAGGAGGCCAACGAGGAGAGGGAGCAGUGGGGAAGGAGAGAAGAGGAAGAAGAGGAGGAGAGAUCUCAAGGCAGCAGCUCGGACUCUGAGGGUCACUUUGACACCCCUGAAGCAGCGACUCCCGUCCGCGCCCCUCCGCCCGUCCCGGGAGAGCUGGAGAACAAUAACACCGAUGCAGGCAAAGCAGAUUUGGAGCAGGAGGAGAACCUGAUAGUGUCUGUUCCUGUCAGGGAUCCAGAAACUGCACUGGGCCACAGCAUGGGUCAGGAUGAACCUGCAGUCCCUGUGGGAGACCAGCUCGAAAUAAAUGUGCAAAAUCAAGACCAAGAUCAAGCGGAGCAGCCCUCAGAAAAUGUGGAUCCUUUUCCCGGUCCUGAUUCAGCCUCACCGAAGGAAGAAACUCAAAGCACAGCUCUCCUUUCUGAGCCACUUGAAGAGAUAAACUUCCUCCACGAAGCAGACCCAGUCGCAGAUCUGGCCCCAGUUCCAGAUACUAUUUUUGUGCCAGAAUCAGACUCUGUUCCAGUCAGGGAAACUUCAGUCCCAGAUUCUGCUUUUAUUCCAGAACCAGACUUUGGUCCAAGCAAUGAACCUUCAGUUCAAAACCAUACGUUGGUCCCUGAGCUAGACUCAGAACCAAGCAGUGAACCUGCAGCAUCAAGUGCUUCACAGCCUCCUGAGGAGAAACCUGUCGCUGAUCUAGAGGAACAUCUCAGCGAUCUCCCCAGCCUUGCAGAACCUACUCAGAAGACAAAAACCAACAAGUCCAAGCCUCCAUCCCUCAAAAUAAAGGCUCCAGUAAGUCCUCCUCCUCAUACGGAUGAGGAACAAGAACUCCCAGUUUCCAAGGCUACGUACAACUUUGACCUCGACCAACUGGACGACAGCUUCAACCCUUUCACUAGCGGCGGAUCCAAAAUCCAGAACUCUCCUCCACCAUGUGGUUCAAGCUCUUCCCCCAGGCUAGAACCACUUGGGAGUUCAUCUGCUUGUGAGUCUGCCGAAAAAGCUCAAGGAGACUCAGAAAUUAUAGAUCAGUCUUUAGAGGCAAAGCCUGUGGUGCUGGAGUUUGGUCUGGGUGAAGGAGUGGUCAGAAAGCCCCCUCCUAAGAAAUUAGGAGGGAAAAGGACAACCAGCAAGACUGCUGCAAAGAAGCAGAAACCAAAAGACUCAGAGACUUCUUGCGAGCCAGCACCAGAAGCGACUCAUCCUGAACCGGCGUUAGAAACGGCACCAGGAUUGCUUCCCCAAUCCGUUUCCGAACCCGUUUCAGAACCACUUUCAGAACCUGUAACAACAGACCCCUCUGCGCCUCUGAAUCUGGACGAUGUUCCUAUUCCCAAAACCGGAACUCAUAACUUUGACCCCAGCCAGUGGGACGACCCGAACUUCAAUCCAUUUGGUAGCAACAGCAAAGUGAGCAGCUCUCCUGUGCUGCCAAAGGGCUCAUACAGCUUCAACCCAGACAACUUCGACGACUCCAUAGACCCUUUCAAAGCAUCAAAAUCCCUGAACAACGAGGAUUUGUCCAGCGGCACCUCCCAACCUGAGACAAAGGUAAAAGAUCAAGGCAAACAGAAGGCGAGGCAGACCCCUGGGGAGAAGAAAGUGAAGCAGAUUCCAAAGAAAAACAAAGAGAGAGCAUCAGCGACAUCUGAGCAAGUCAAGUUUCUCUGUUUUCUGUUGAAUUCCUGUAAAGUCCAGAAAUAUGAUGAAAGCGAGUCGCUAGUCCUCGAUGUUUGUAGUCAGGGAGAAGACGAAGUGGUGGUUCAGACCCCGGAGAUCACUCAGCGGGUUCAUCACGCCACGGACGAGGAGAAGCUGGCCUCUACCGGCCUGAUUGGCCAGACGGCUGACACUCAGGAAGAGAGAGAGGAGCAGGAAUGCAAUAAAGCGGCUGUGAAGAAACAGCCGUCCAGCGAUUUACCUGCUGUAGAUCAGAUCAAGAUUACAGAUCAUCUGCCAGAGAAGGACACCUUCGGUGUGAAAGAUGAUAUGACGGAUAUAUCAAUGCACCAGACUGCAAAACUGAGCAGCCGUGACGACCCGGACCCGGCAGCCCUAUCGCAGGACGGCGUCCCUCUUACCGAGAUGGACAAAGCUGCGGUGCUGACCUUGAUCAGAGAGGAGAUCAUCACUAAGGAGAUUGAGGUCAGCGAGUGGAAACAAAAAUACGAGGAGAGCAGAGCGGAGGUUAUGGAAAUGAGGAAAAUAGUUGCAGAGUAUGAAAAAACAGUUGCCCAGAUGAUUGAGGACCAGCAGCAGAACAAGAGCCUCUCCUCCAGCAAGUCAGUCAGGCAGCUGACGUUGGAGCGCGAUCAGGCCGUGGCCGACCUGAACUCCGUGGAGAGAUCCUUCGCAGAUCUCUUCAGGAGGUACGAGAACAUGAAGGGAGUCCUGGAGGGCUUCAAGAAGAAUGAGGAGGUGUUGAAGAAGUGCGCGCAAGAUUACCUACUUCGUAUCAAGCAGGAGGAGCAGAGAUAUCAAACGCUAAAACUCCACGCUGAGGAGAAACUGGACAAGGCCAACGAGGAGAUAGCCCAGGUGCGCGCAAAGGCCGAUACCGAGAGUGUGGCGCUGAAUGCGAGCCUGAGGAAGGAGCAAAUGAGGGUGGAGUCCCUUGAAAGAGCUGUCCUUCAAAAGAAUCAAGAAAUUGAGGAGCUGACCAAGAUCUGCGACGAGCUGAUCGCCAAGCUGGGAACAGAAUGACAGACAUUCGGUGAUACUCACUUCAUCAGCUCACAUCUGCUCAAAUUCAAGAUUUUUUUCUUACAGCAGCAGCAUGUGAUAUAAAUCCUCCACAUCAGCACAAUUUAGCACAUGUGACCCAACAGGUUUGUUGCAAAAGCUACAAGACAUCAUCAGGCGUCUAUCGUUUUCACCAUUAUAAUUACUAAAUGUUUAAAGAAUAAGUAUCAUCCUAAGAUGUAAAGACUUGUUGUUGAUUGAUUGUGCGUUGCUGUUGUUUUUUUUAUAUCUAAGAAUUACCAUAAUUUUUUACCGCAUGUGUUCAGAAACUGAUGGAGAGGACGACACAGCUCCUUCUUCAUCGCAGCACACUUUCAUUUGAAUGAGCUCUCUUUGAAGGCUGCAGAAAACAUAUUUAUACUGAGUGCCUGAACUGAUUGAAUUUUAUUAUUUUCUCUGCAGAGUUCUUACUUCCUUUUCUUUCGAUGUUGUUUAUAUAUAUACUUUGCAACAUUAGCCAAAAUGUACAUUGUUUUCUCUGAUUUCUGAGUAUGGAGCAUUUCUUUGAUUUGACCAUAUUCUUAUUAUGCAAUAAUUUUACCCAUGUGCCAUAUUGCUUUUUUUUUUAUUACUAAACUUUCCUGUGUGAGAAAAAUCUCCCUUUUUUUCUGGUUUUCUGUGAGUCAAGAUGUUGCUGAUGUGACUCCUUUUUUUCUGCUUAGUUCAUGGAUAAACUUUAAUUUUCUCAUUUCAAGCUGUUGCCAACUUGUAUGCAGUAUAUUUCCUGUCUGAUCAAUAUAUUUUGAACUUGAAUGCGUUUGCAGUGGUUAUGGCUUUCCCUGUGGUUCAUAAGGUGUUCAAGACAGAUGUUUACCUUUUACUCUCGUUAAAGAAACAUCCAGCUAAUUCUGUGGCGAGAACUUAAAGGAGCUGUUGGAAGGAGCUGUUGUAUUCAGCCUUGGCAUAUCACACAAAAAUGACAGAUGUUUGUAUGAAAACCUUUUGCUUCUGCACAAUCGGAUGCUAAAUAUCACGGUGACCUGAGGUGGACUUUGGUGUGACUCCAUGUCCUGUCGUGAUGUCCUACUCGCUUGAAGCUGCUUUUCAAAGAAAGUCCAUUGUUGUGGUAAAAUCUGUAUAUUUUAUACUUAAUGGAAAGAACAUUCAGAGUUACGUCUUUAAUAUUUGUAAAUGUAAGAGCAGAGUGUGUCCUGAUUGUAUGUUAACUGCUAUAUUUUGUGAAUUCCUGAAUAAAUGGAUAAGAUUUAAUAAUA